UGCAGGGGUGGCAACACCAACACUUUUUGGAACAGGUGGCAGCACCGCGAUAAAUAGUAAGCGCAGCCAACUUCACGCGCCUUGUUCUUUUUUCCGGUUGACUUUAACGAGAAAGAUGCCAGGAGUCACAGUAAAGGAUAUUGACCAGCACGCGGUUACCAAGGCUGUUGCCGUCUUCCUGAAGAAGACUGGCAAGUUGAAGGUGCCCGACCAGAUGGACAUCAUCAAGACCGCCAAAUUCAAGGAGCUGGCCCCCUACGAUCCCGACUGGUUCUAUGUGCGUUGCGCCUCGAUCCUGCGCCAUCUGUACCACCGCAGUCCAGCCGGUGUUGGCUCCAUCACCAAAAUCUACGGCGGACGCAAGCGCAACGGUGUCCACCCCUCGCACUUCUGCCGCGCCGCCGAUGGUGCUGCCCGCAAAGCCCUGCAGGCUCUCGAGCACGCCCGCCUGGUGGAGAAGCACCCGGACGGCGGUCGCAAGCUGAGCUCCAUCGGCCAGCGUGACUUGGAUCGCAUCGCCAACCAGAUCGUUGCCAAGCAGCGUGACGCCGCCAAGCAGACUGGCACCCUUGUAAUUUCCAAGUAAUUGCGCGGACCGCUGCCUGUUUGAAAUCUAAAAUACCAAUUUUUAGACUUCUACUGUAAGCGUUUUUUGUUUGCACGAGAGAGAUGAGAAAAUAAAACCCAAUCACAAAAGUCUAUAAAAACAAUCGUAAA